AUGCAGAUGGUGCUGGAGGAACGGGACCUAUGGGAGGUCGUCAGCGGUGAGAUCAAGGCGGAACAGUGCGAGACUCAGUUGGACCAAGCGACGUACAAGAGGAAGUCAAGAAAGGCGAUGGCAGUGAUCUGUCUAGCCAUGGAAGAUUCCCAGCUACCGUUGGUCCGGUCGGCAAGUGGUGCAUGCGACGCAUGGUCAAGGUUGGAAGACCACUUCGAGAAGAAGAGUCUUGCCAACAAGCUGUUCUUGCGCCGUCGCUUCUUCACGACAAUGAUGGAAGAAGGCGACGAUGUGCUCGAACACAUCAACAAGCUCAAGACGCUGGCGGAACAGCUAGAAGCGGUGGGGGCUCCAGUCUGCGAGGACGAUCUGGUGAUCACACUCCUCGGCAGCCUGAGUGACUCGUAUCAAUUCUUGAUCACAGCUUUGGAGUCGCGCUCAGACACUCUUAGCUGGGAGCUCGUGACGUCUCGACUGCUUCAUGAAGAAAUGAAGCGGAAGGAGCAAGGAAGUAAAGGUGAUGAAGCUUCGCAAGGUCAAGCGUUCAUCACAAGGGACAAUCAGCGCAAAGGGCGACCAGUGAAGAAGUCCUGGCCGUGCCACGAUUGCGGAAAGAUUGGUCACUGGAUGGCGGAGUGCCCCUCGCGCAUCCAAGAAAACACGGAGAGACACCGGCCACAGCGUGCUCAAGACAGCGGCGACCGCUAUCGAUCACAACGUGCAAACGUCGCUCAAGAAGAAGACUCGGGCGACUACCUCUUUUCGAUCGGUGAAACGACAUCUGCGAAAUCGAGCGACAUCUGGCUGGUCGACUCCGGGGCGACGCAGCACAUGACGUGCUCCAAGAAGUUCAUGCGGAACUACAAGGGGUUUGACGCUGUGGAUGUCCAUCUCGCGGAUGAUGGAAUCGUCCAAGCAAUCGGCAGUGGGGACAUUGUCAUGUCGAUGAAGACACCCCAAGGGAUAAAGAAAGGUGUGCUCACAAACGUGUGGCACAUCCCAAAGUUAUCCAGAAACCUGUUCUCGGUCGGCCACUUCACCAAGGAUGUCGGCCCAGUGACGUUCACGAAGGAUGGGUGCUAUGGAGAAGCGAAAGGGACCAAGUGGAAAAUUGGUGCCCGUGAAGGUAAAGGACUGUUCAAGCUGCAAAUGACUCCAGUGGCGCCGGAACAAGCAAAUGCAGCCAAGUCGUCGGGAUGUCAAGGGGGCACCAAGUCGUACCUCUGGCACCUUCGGCUUGGCCACAUAGGUCACGAUGGACUCAAUUGCAUCGUGACGAAGAACAUUGGAAUUGGCAUCGACAUAUCUUCGGUGAAGAAGUGGGACGUGUGUGAAGGUUGUGCUCUGGGAAAACAGACUCGAGUGCGCUUCCAAUCAAACACUACAGCUCGCACCUCCAAACUCCUCGAAGUGAUUCACAGCGACGUAUGCGGACCGAUGUCGAUGGCAACUUUCAGUGGAAAACGGUACUUCGUGACAUUCAUCGAUGACAAGUCAAGAUACUGUGUCGUCUAUCUGCCCAAGAGCAAAUCUGAAGUUGCGGCGAAGUUCAUGGAAUACGCUGCGAUGGCCGAAACGCAAACCGGAAAGCGCGUGAAGUAUCUUCAAAGCGACAAUGGGGGUGAAUACAAGUCCGACAAGCUGGCACGAUUCUGCGCGGAACGGGGAAUACAACAAAGGUUCACACCCCCAUAUACUCCUCAGCUAAACGGAGUAGCUGAGAGAAUGAGUCGCACGCUGGUCGAGUGUGCGCGUUGCAUGAUGGAACACGCUGGACUGGGAAAGAGCUACUGGGGUGAAGCAGUGAUGACGGCUAUGUUUCUUCGAAACCGCUGUCCAACACGUGCCAUUCACCAAGACAAGUCUCCAUAUCAAGUGUGGACGAUGAAGAAACCGAUUCUGGCCAACCUUAAAGUGUUUGGAUGCCACGCGUAUGUUCAAGUGCCUCAAGACAAACGCGCGAAGUUCGACUCCAAGUCAUCACUCUGUCGUUUCCUGGGAUACGCCGAACACCAGAAGUCAUAUCGAUUUGAGGAAGUGUCAACAGGAGCGAUCAAGAUCAGUCGUGAUGCCACAUUCAUGGAAGACAAGUUUGAUGAAGGUCCGCGCAACUACAACGAUGAGUCAAGUGCCGUUGAGUUUGAUGAUCAAGACGAGGACGAAGAAAAAGAAGAAGGUAAAACUGACGUCGACAUGGACUCGAGCGACGAUGACAACGAAGACACCAGGUCUUCGAAGAGCAACAUCAAGAGACACACGCGCACUCAAUCACUUGAGAAAGCUACCUUCAUUCCAAGUCCCAAGCGAAGAACGUACAGAGGUCCGUCGCUUGAGCAUGUGUCAGCGGCUGCAAUGGAUUUUGAAGCAGCCUACAUCGUUGAUUCAGUGGGGGAAACGCCGACUACAUUCAAGUCGGCGAUGGAAUCAAGCGACUCCGGCAAGGGGAAAGAAGCGUGUGACUCGGAGUUCGACUCGCUUCAGAGAAACGACACGUGGGAAAUCGUGCCUCUUCCGAAAGGUCGCAAGGCCAUCGGGUGCCGAUGGAAAUUCGGAGUUGACUAUGAAGAAACUUUCGCACCGGUGGCCAAGUUCACAUCGAUUCGUGUGGUGCUCAGUAUGGCGGCAAAGUACGGCCUAAUGCUACAUCAGAUGGACGUCAAGACAGCGUUUCUUAACGGCUCCCUCAACGAAGACAUCUACAUGGACCAGCCGGACGGAUGCCUGGAUGCAACACAGCCGGACUAUGUGUGCAAGCUAAAGAGAUCACUCUACGGCUUGAAGCAAUCGCCUCGCAUGUGGAACCAAACAAUCGAUGGGUUCAUGAUCAAGAUGGGAUUCAAGAAGUGCGAAUCGGACCACUGCAUCUACAUCAAGCGAGACGACCAAGACAUGAUUCUCGUGGUGCUCUACGUCGAUGAUCUCAUCCUGGCCAGUAGCAACAACGAACUCCUCAAGUCGACCAAGAUGGCUCUGAGCAAACGCUUCGAAAUGACGGAUCUCGGUGAGCUCGAUUACUUUCUCGGCAUGGAGAUCAAGAACGACCGUAAGACGGGAAUGGUGACUGUGCAACAAACCAAGUUUCUCAAGUCCGUGUUGACCAAGUUCGGAAUGGAUAACAGCAAGCCAGUGAAGACGCCUCAAGAUCCCGGCCUGAAGCUAACCAAGAACAUGUGUGAACAAGAAUGCAAGCACGAAGACACCAUGUGCAACGUGCCAUAUCGAAGUGCUGUCGGAGGCAUCAUGUAUCUCAUGGUCGCCACACGUCCGGAUCUAGCUGCUGCAGUGGGAUCAUUAUCCCAGUUCUCGUCCGACCCAUGCCCGACUCACUGGCAAGCUUUGAAGCGUGUGCUGAGAUACCUGCAAGCAACGCCCAAUCAUGGUCUUGAGUUUACACGUGAAGAAGGAAGCCGUAUCUGCGGGUACACCGACGCAGACUGGGCCGGCGACAUUGAGUCAAGACGAAGUACAAGCGGCUAUGUGUUCAUGAUGAGCGGAGGAUGCAUCAGCUGGAAAAGCCAGAAACAACGGACGGUCGCGCUAUCUUCAACAGAAGCAGAAUACAUGGCGCUUUCCGAAGCAACCAAAGAAGCAGUAUGGCUCAAAGUGCUUUUGGGGGAACUUGGUGAGAUGACAAGCGACGAAGCGAUCAAGAUGUAUGAAGACAACCAAGGAUCAAUCGCUCUCGCCAAGAACCCGGAGUUCCAUAAGAGAACAAAACACAUCGACAUACGCUACCAUUUUGUGCGUGAGAAGGUGGAAUCAGGUGAAGUCGUUUUGGAGUAUUGCCCGACUCAAGAUAUGCUGGCAGACAUGAUGACCAAGCCGAUCGCCGCUGUACAAUUUGAAAACAUUCGCGAUCGACUUGGGAUCCAAGGUGCCGCAGCUAACGAGUCGAGAGGGAGUGUUGAAAAGACAGCGGCUGUGAAGAAGACACCUCGUCAAGCUGCGUCAAGUGUUGAAGCAAGUGGAAGACCAAGCUUCGCUAUACCGGUGGGUACCGGUAUGUACCAGUAA